GUCGCAAGUGAAAUCAAGAGUCCAUGCUUUGGAGAAAGUUAUUGCCUCUAAACAAAAAAUGCCCUCGGCUAGGGUUACUACUCGGACCAAAUCCCGUAUGAAUAAGGAAAAUUUACAGCUACAUUCAAAUAUAGAUGCUUUAAAUACAAAACCAACAAAAAUACAAUCUGCUCAAAAAUUAACAUCUACCAUAAAACCCGCACAAAAGUCGAAGUCAUCUGCCAAAGAUGAUUUUUUGAAGAAGCAGGCUAGGAAAGAGAAAGCUUUGAAGAAAGGAGCAGUUGCUCCUAGAAAAACAGGAAGAGCGGAAACGCAACAGCUUCAAUCAAAUGCGAAAUCAGAUGCUGCAUUUGUACAUCCGAACCCAGAAGAAAGCGUAUUGGAUUAUAGCAUUGCCGCAGUAGGUAUGGCUGAUGGUUUUGAAAAUCUUCAAUCGGAUUAUUCCACUGACGAAGAUGAAAAACCAACAAAGAAUAAUAAACAGAGGCCUGAUUGGAGCAAACCUGAAGCACGGCAAGCUGCAAUUAUAAAUCAAGCAAGAACGUCAACAAAAUUAGUAGAUCUGUUGUUUAAUGUGAAAGCGACCACACCGGAUUUGAGAGUUAUAUUCCCAGGAAUUAGCAAAGACAAAUUAAAUCGAAGAUCUAGUGCUGUUUGGAAGACACCUCCGAGGUAUGGCGUUGCAAAUUGGCGUUGCACAAUUUCUUCAAAAUUUCAUGUCUGCUAAAUAUGCGAGAUAUGCAACUCAGGAAGAGUUUUUAAA